CGCGCGUGUGUCACACUCAAUGUAGUCCCACGUGUUGCAUGUUCUCCGACACUAAACAACGCUUGAAUGACGACACGGGUGUUUUUGGUGGGACUCUUGUUCGGGGGUGAAUCGGUGUAGAUGUCGGACACCGGAGAGGAGUGGCAGGUUGCCCGGCGACGAAAAGGCGCAGCGCGGAAGUCAAAGACACCUCAGGGGAGUUCAGCCUCAACGUGCAGCCAGGAGCCGCUGGAUGCGGAGAAAACUGUCAAACGAAUCAGAGACGCGGCGUCUGAGCUGAGGUGUGAGGAGUUCUGGCAGGAGUGGAAAGGGCUGUUGCUAGCGGCAGGAUCGACAUCCCGCUCCAAACCUCCAGAGAACAAGGGCCCUGAGGAUCCUACUGAGCAGCUGCAGGAGGACAGGGAAGACAGGAAAUGUCAGCAGCUCGAGUGUGUGUGUUACGGCCUCGGCUCCUUCUCCUCCUGCGUCGCGGCUCGUUACCAGCUGGCCACUCUGCUGCUGCUGCUGGAUGCAGGACAGAUUCCACUGGAGGCCUGCUUUGUUUAUGACCCUGUAUUCUCCACUGGAGAGAGGGACGUACUGAGAAAGCUGGGUCUCACUGUACUCACAGAAAAUGAGGAAGGGAAGUGUUUGGCAACAAAGCCCACUCUCUUUUUCCUGAUGCAUUGUGGGAAAGCCCUUUACAACAACCUUCUCUGGAGGAACUGGAGCACACAAUGUCUUCCUUCUUUGACAAUCAUUGGAAACAGCUUUAACAGCAUGAGGGACAGGACGAUCGAGAGAGAGUUCGAUCGGGACUACAGCUACAUCAGUCAGGCUGUGGGUGUGUGUGAGGAGAGACGGCUGCCUUGUCCACCCCGCUUCAUUGACGUCUUCAGUGACACAGCAGUCAUCACCUUUCCUGCCAGCAGCGUUAACAGACUCCCACAAUCCACCUGGGCAGAGCCACCCGAACCACAGUACCAACACUGCUCUGAUUUGGAGAUCAUACGAAGGCAAACGCAGAGCUGAGAUUGCACUUGGGACUUUUUUUGCUAUUGCAAUUUGCAAUUGUUGCUAUUGAUAUGACCAGUUUUUGAAUAAAUGAACUAUGCUUCAAA